AUGGGGUUGACCGGUGGCCAGAUUGUAUGUGAGAUGCUUCGAAGACAGAAUGUUGAUUCUAUCUUUGGAUAUUCCGGCGGGGCGAUUCUGCCAGUCUUUGAUGCUCUAUACGGAUGCCCUCAUUUCCGAUUUGUUCUUCUGCGACAUGAGCAAGGGGCCGGUCAUAUGGAGCAGGGAUAUUCCCGCGCGUCCAGGAAACCAGGAGUUGUUCUGACGACCUCGGGACCGGGUGCAACCAACCUCAUCACAACUUUACAGGAUGCGCUGAAAGAUGGUACUCCACUAGUUGUUCUCACCGGAGAAGUUGCAACCAAUGCCAUGGGUACGGAUGCCUUUCAAGAGGCAGAUGUGAUUGGCAUUACAGGUCCUUGUACCAAAUGGAAUCCUGUAAGUGGACGAAAGGGCCCUGUUCUAGUGGCACUACCCAAGGAUGUGACUAACGCCGUCCUCGAAGCUCCAGCUGAAUCUAGUUCAUUUCACUGGGGCCUUCCUAAAUUGGAUAACCCCAUUUUCGAGCUGAUGCCCUCGCAACCGACCGAUCAACGAGCAUUAAACGAUGCGCGGAUAUUAUUAACAAAGCUCAGAAAACCGUUAUAUACGCAGGUAACGGAGUGCUUUCGUGCUGAGGGCCUGGAAGUACUGGCACAACUGGCCGAAACUGCCUGCCUUCCAGUUGCCACUAGUAUCCUCGGGAUUGGAUGUUUUGAUGAGCACGAUUUCAAGUCACUUCGCAUGCUAGGAAUGCAUGGCACACGCUUUGACGAUCGUGCCGUAGGCGACCCUAAUCGCUUUGCUCCUGUCGCAAGAGCGGCUGGCAAAGAUCAACGCGGCGGCUAUCAUCCACUUUGA